AUGUUCUCAACGCUUAUAGCUCGUGGAGCUGUUGUGCCUGCGCUGCUUGGCACCACUGUGCGCUGGCUGAACCCCGCUUCGGGGGCCGCAGCAGCAGCGUUGGGCCUGCCAGCUGGCGUUGUGGGCACCGCCCCCAGCAGGUCCUUCAGCGCAGGCAGUGCCCCUCAACAGCAGCAGCAGCAGCAGCAGCAGCAGCAGCAGCAGCAGCAGCAGCAGCAGCAGCAGCAGCAGCAGCAACAGCAUCAAGGUCAGGGACAGGGGCAGCCCUCUGAAGUGCCGCCGCUGUCCAAGGCGUUUGUGGCGGGCAAGCUGUCCCAGGAGGAGCUGUGGAUGGCGGCGCUGCCGGGGAGGAUUAAGAUCUGGUCGGCGCGCACGCGGCCCGAGCUCAAGGGUCGGGAGUCCGAGGUUGUGGACGAGGUGCGGGAGGAGUUCCUGAGCCUCAUGGCGCGCCACUCCACAGGCCGCGUGCUGUCCAAUCAGGCACGCCGCCAACUCAAAAUGGCCUGCCUGGCGGCCGCGACGCACAGCGUGCUCAUGCGUGUGACGGGCGGCGAUGCCGAUGCGGAGCGCAAGUAG